UUUAGUUAUGAAACCAAUUUGUAUUUACUCAUUAAGUAGAAAGAUCUGAAAAAUGGUUGUGUGCUGCCUACUAGUCGCAUUCCUCUUGACUGUUAAUCAUUCUGACCAAGUUUCUGUUCAAGCUAAAAAUGUUACUGACAUUUUAGAUGAACAGAAUGAAAACGUAUUGGAAGCACUUACUAGUGAUUUCGAAAACAUAAAUGGAUUAAAAAACGAGAGUUAUUAUGAACUGGAAUGUGACUGUGGAUUUUGGUCAGGAAGAUGCCACUAUAACGCAUAUGGUGAAAAAAUUUGCGACUGUAUAGCUGGUUUCGCUCAAAACAAUGAAAAGUGUGAACAAUGUGACUGUGGAUUUUGGUCAGGAGGGUGCCACUACAACGCAUAUGGUGAAAAAAUUUGCAACUGUAUGACUGAUUACGCUCAAAACAAUGACAAGUGUGAACAUUGUUAUUGUGGACUCUAUGCUACAUCGUGCACUUUCAAAAAUAGCAAAAAAGUGUGUACAUGUCCAGAGAAUUAUUUACUAAACGAGGAUUACGAAAAAUGUGUAGAAUGUAAUUGUGGAUAUGAUGCAAUAAGUUGCCACUUAGAUGGUUUGUCUAAAGUGUGCACUUGUGGAGAGGGAUACAUUAUAGAAGAUGGUAAAUGCACAAGAUGUGAUUGUGGACCAAAUAGCAUUUCCUGUGAAUUCACUUCUGACAAAUAUACCAGAUGCACAUGUUUGGCCGGUUACGUAGCUGAAAGAAGAACGUGGAAGGCGGACGAAUACUGCAAAUUACCUGGGGUUAGUGUAUGGAAAAUUGCAACUUACAUUGAAUCUGUGGUUUUUGCCCUCAUCAUCAUCGUUUGCACCGUCAUCAUUUGCUACAAAAGAUAUCGAAAGACAGUCUAAAUCUAGAACAUACCAUACAAUAACUUUAAACUUAUUUGGCGUUGAAAAAGUUUUAUGUAAUAUAAAAGAAAUAAAUGAGUAACAUUGCA